AUGGUUUAAAGAUAAAAGAGGUAUUCUUAACUAUUAUAAAUAGAUUUCUGUAAAAAUAAAUGAGUAUUCAAUUUGAUAGAUUAAUGUAUCAUUAUUUUUUAUAAUUAGUUUAAUAUCACUAGAAUGUUGGUUUAUUUUUAAGUCUUUUAUAUUUUUCAAAAUUUGA